CACUCCAUUCAGAGUUACAGAAAACCCUUCCUAUUCCUAAAGUUUCACUUUGACGGCAGUUUAUAUUCUCUAGUGAGGCUACUCACAAAUCAAAUCCUUUGUGCCCUAAUUCCUUAAAUCGGAACUUCACCCUCCUUCGACCCAGUCCUUAAUUCCGAUCACCGUCUUUGUAGCAGUCGAUUAUCAGUUGGUUGGUGGGAACUCUGUUAUUCUGUUUUAUUGAAGAAGUUCAAACAAUGGAUGAUUGGGAGGAUGAGCAAAUUACUCCUCUUGAUCUUGCAUCAAAAGAUCCAGUUAAAAGUAAAUGGGAUGACGAGGAUGUGGAUGAUAAUGAUGUGAAGGAAUCAUGGGAGGAUGAAGACGAACCUGCUCCGGCACCUGCUGCACCUGUUGUAAAACCUACUGAAAAGCCUUCAAAAAAAUCCUCUGAUAAAGCUGCUGAUAAGAAGGGUAAGACAAUAGAACCCGUAAAGGAAGAACCAUUGGAUGCUAUGGCUGAAAAACUUCGCCAACAAAGAUUAGUUGAAGAAGCAGAUUAUAAGUCCACUAAGGAAUUGUUUGGUGGGGGAAAAGAUGAAAAGAACCUUGACACUUUCAUACCGAAAUCUGAAAGUGAUUUCUUGGAGUAUGCAGAGCUCAUCGCACACAAGCUUCGUCCUUUUGAGAAAAGUUUUCAUUAUAUUGGCUUGCUGAAGGCAGUAAUGAGACUAUCAAUGACUUCUCUAAAAGGGGCGGAUGCCAAAGAUAUUGCAUCUUCAGUAACUGCCAUUGCAAAUGAGAAGAUCAAGGCAGAAAAAGAUGCCAAUGCUGGUAAAAAGAAGACAGGUGGCAAGAAAAAACAACUUAAUGUUGAUAAGCCUGAUGAGGAUUUUAUACCUGCUGAUCGAUAUGAUGCUCUGGAUGACUAUGAUUUCAUGUGAAAAAUUUUUGUCCAGUUCAAUUCAGAUUCAGUUACGGGAUUCAACAUAGGACGUUGGGACAAGACCCUUCGGCAUACCCUUGUCAAAAGUUAAUGAGUGCUGUCCCGUAUUUUGUCUUAAUAAGAGUGUGCAUCAGUGUUUUGUUUUCUCAUCGUCAAUUUUGUCACCCCCAUAUACUUGGAAGUUAGUUAUAUGAUUUAAUAGAACUUAAAAAGGUUUGAAGAUGAACGUGGCAACAUUCAACAUUACCUUCAACUUGGGGACAUUUUAAUGUUCUUGGACUGUACGAAUAGAACUUGACUUUUUUUGUUGUUAAGGGAACUUGUCAUUGUCUUCUGUUAA